AGCAUUUGUUACAUAACUUAUAGUUGAAUCAAAUUCUUAUAUUCAUAUUAAAACAAAUUCGUAAUUAUACCAAAAUGCCGAUUGAUCUAUACUAUGCUACUUUGAGUCCCCCGUGUAGGGCGGUGUUGAUGACACUCAGACAACUUAAUCUGGACGUCAAUAUUAUUACCACUGAUGUUCAUAAAAAGGAAAGUUGGCCACCACAAUUUCUUAAGUUGAGUUACCCUCAACAUACCGUUCCCACUCUGGUGGACGAUGGCUUUCCUUUGGGUGAGAGCCGAGCCAUUAUGCAGUACUUGGUGUCCAAAUACGCGCCAAACAGUGAUCUCUACCCAACCCAUGACCUGAAGAAGAGGGCACAUGUGGACCGACUCCUGUACUAUGAUAUGAGCAUUUGGAACGCCAUUGUGGACGCUAUUGUAAGUCAAAUA